AUGUUACCUUGGCUUAUAGCUUUUGCUACUGGCAGUGUAGCAGCUAUCCUUAUUUACCGUCUUUUCAAGCUCAAAACCGCGCAUUCACCACUGCCACCAGGGCCAAGCCCAUGGCCCGUAGUGGGAAACUUGCCUCACAUGGGCCAUGCGCCACACCAAACCAUUGCGGCCCUGGCCCAUAAGUAUGGCCCGCUCAUGCACCUUCGGUUUGGGUUUGUCGACGUUGUGGUGGCGGCUUCCGCCUCCGUGGCGGAGCAGUUCUUGAAGGUUCACGAUGCGAACUUUUCAAACCGGCCACGGAGAUUCAUGAACAAGUACAUGAGUUAUUACAAGGAAGAUUUUGGGUUUGCUUCCUAUGGCCCUCGGUGGCGGUUGUUGAGGAAAAUAAGCUCAACUCACAUGUUCUCUGGCAGGGCCAUGGACGAUUUUAGGGAAGUGCGUCAGGAAGAGGUAGAAAGACUGACAUGUGAUUUGGCAAGUUCAGGCUCAAAAGCAGUGAAAUUGGGACUGUUGUUGAACGUGUAUGCCACCAACACAUUGGCAAGGGUGAUGAUAGGACGAAGAGUUUUCAACGAUGGAAACAGUGAGUGGGAUCCAAAGGCAGAUGAGUUUAAAUCCAUGGUGUUGGAGCUCAUGAACUUGUUAGGAGUUUUCAAUAUUGGUGACUUCAUUCCAUUCUUGGAUUGGCUAGACCUUCAAGGAGUAAAAGCCAAAGCAAAAAAACUACGCAAGGGCUUUGACGCAUUUUUGACUAGCAUUCUGGAGGAACAUCAGGUUUCCAUGAAUGAGAAACACCAAAACACAUACUUAGCAACGUUGUUGUCACUCAAAGAAACUCCUCAAGAUGGAUAUAAUCUCUGUGAAGAGGAGAUCAAAGCAAUUCUUUUGAACAUGUUUGGAGCUGGAACAGACACCUCAUCAAGCACAAUUGAAUGGGCAAUGGCUGAAAUAAUUAGGAACCCAAGAAUUAUGGUCGAGGUGCAACAAGAAAUAGACAGUGUUGUGGGUGAAAACAGACUUGUGACAGAACUUGACUUGCCCCAACUCCCUUACUUACAGGCUGUGGUGAAGGAAACAUUGCGAUUACACCCACCAACCCCUCUUUCUAUUCCACGAUUUGCUGAAAAGAGCUGUGAGAUAUUAGGUUACCACAUUCCCAAAGGUGCAACUCUCAUGGUGAAUGUUUGGGCCAUAGGACGUGACCCUAAGGAGUGGUCAGACCCAUUGGAGUUCAAGCCCGAAAGGUUUCUCCUUGGUGGUGAGAAGGCUGGUGUGGAUGUUAGGGGCAACAACUUUGAGGUUAUACCCUUUGGCGCUGGUCGUAGAAUCUGUGCUGGUAUGAGCUUAGCUCUGAUGGAGGUUCAGCUGGUGACUGCUACCCUAGCCCAUGCAUUUGAUUGGGAGUUAGAGAAUGAGCUUGACCCAAAAAGUCUCAAUAUGGAUGAAGCAUAUGGGCUCACCCUCCAAAGAGAAGUGCCUCUUUGUGUCCACCCUCGUCCUAGGCUCUCACGCCACUUGUAUUCAUCAUCAUCUCCAUGAUUUUCAACUUAUCCUAACUCUUCUCACCUUUUCUCUUUCAGUGACAUGGAUGCA